GCCCGCGGUGUGAGCUCCCUCGCAGCCCCCGCUCCCUCGCAGCCCCCGCCGCGCCGCCAGGAUGAUGUGUGGAGGGCCUUCCGCCACGCAGCCCGCCACGGCCGAGACCCAGCACAUCGCCGACCAGGUGAAGUCCCAGCUGGAGGAGAAGGAGAACCGCAAGUAUAACGAGUUCAAGGCUGUGUCCUUCAAGAGCCAGGUGGUCGCGGGGACCAACUACUUCAUCAAGGUGCAUGUGGGCGACGGCAGCUUUGUGCACCUGCGUGUGUUCAAGAGCCUUCCUCACGAGAACCGGCCCCUGGCCCUGUCCGACUACCAGGUCAACAAGGCAGAGCACGACGAGCUCACCUACUUCUAGUCCCUGCGCUGGUGCCCAUGCCGGAAGUGAAGCUGCCGCUGCCAGCCUGGGGAGGGGCCCGGCUCACCCCGCCCACGCUGGGCCGUGGGUGGCUCUGGGGCCGACUCGGCCACUUCUCUUGCAGCCCUGUUCUGUUGAUUUUACUCCUUCCCAAUCAAUGAUCAAAGAGUGCUCUGUUUUCAAUACACAUAUUUCUAUAUUUUAA